CUUCGUCGUUGGUGGGGGCAACCCUAAGCUAGCGGUGUCAGACGGUGCCGGGCGCUCACUGCUCGUCGAUUCGCCGAACGAUCGACAUCGAGUGUACCCGUCGAUUCAGAAAAGGAUUUUUCGUCCACGGAGGAUCCCCUCGCUCGCUACAAGGAGAGAAAAGAAGAAGGAAACUCGUGGUCUCCGUUCAGUGCUGAAAAGAGGCUUCACGGAAGAAUAUGGAGAAGGAGCAACCGGAUUCCUUGGCGACCGUCGCCGUCGUCUCGGAGAAGAUGGCCCAGCCGCACAGCAAUUACGCGCCCAGCGAGGUUUACUCCUCCGCCGAACCACCACCGGCGUACAUGAGGCCAAAGAGCACAGCGGUUCAAAUCGCGAGGAUCGCAGCUAUCACGUUGGUGACAAUGUCCUUCGUCUUUGGUAGCUUCUUCCUCGCUGCAUCCUGGGUCCAGGCUCGAGCAACCUGCACCCCCGAGUCCAUCGCUGCGAUGCAAGCAGAGUUGAGGUUCCAGCAACAGCAGCCGUCUAUCAACUACCAGCAAGGUGAAUUCCUGAAGCACCUGCAACCAGAGGCACUCAUCCAGGAGUCCACCGCGGCGAAGGAGAUCCAGCAGAGCCUCGCUGAGAACACACCGUCGAAGAAGGAUCCCGAGCCAGACACUAAGGAUAUAAAAAUUCAGAAGGACGACGAGAAUAAUUCAAAGACAGACAACGAGAAUGGUGACCACGACGAAGACGACGACGACUAUGAUGACGAUGAGUUCCCUCCCGUCCACAUCAAACUACCUCUUCAGUUUGAUUUUGACGAGAUUGCAGGAACUUUGAUCCAAGAAGCACGCAGCCGAGUUUCCUGCGUGGUAGAAAGACGAAGGGCCGACCAGGUGAUGGACGGUGCCAACAACAACAACGUGGAGAAUGCUACCGAUUCGCGCUACCAAAGGCUCAGCGGGGAACGCGUUGCUAUUCUUUGCGAAUCUGGCAAUCCUCAUCAGGAGCAACAGGAGAACGAGAUGCUCACGCCGAUCAUCAUUCCCCUGGGAACUGUCCAAGUGCCUCUUCAAAAUCAGGAGCAGAACACAGGCUACCACCAGUACCAAGUCCACACUCAGUAUCAAGUUCCUGACAUGCAGCAGUUACCUCUUAGCGACCCACGCGGUCUGAACCACAUCCCACCGGGUGUUCUUCCCCCUGAGCUGCGAAAUUUCCCUCAAAUGAACGUUGAAAUGAGACCUCCGCGAAUGGGACCACAGGCGCCUGUGAUGGGACCGCAAGGGCCCAUGAUGGGACCACAGAACCCAGCGAUGGGACCCCAGAUCGAAAUGCGCAGAAUUCCCAUCGAAGUGCGUCAGUUCCCAAUGAAUUUCGUGAGAGGUAUGCGCCCACCGAUGCCCCAGGAUCCCCAACAAGUACCCAUGAUGUACCAACAAGUUGAACAGACAAAUGGCGGAUACGGUCAAGAACAGGGUCCAAUGAUGAUGCCUCCCCCAGUACCGCAGCCUGAGGGUCAGGCUCCCGAGCAGAGGGUGAUCCCACACGUAAUGAUCACGCAAACCGAGCAACGCCCACCUCAACCUCAAAUGCCACCUCAGAUGCCACCUCAAAUGCAACCCCAGCCUCAGCCACAGCCUCAGCAACCCCAGCCUCAAGUUCCUGAGAGACCGCGCUCUCCAUUCCAAGGAAUUCCGUUCGAAAUUCGAAGGAUCAUUCAACAGGUGCCUCUGGAGAUCAAGAAUAUCAUUCAGCAUAUCACUGGCGAGGCUAGACCCGUCCCAGUACAAGUACCUGAUGGUGCACGCCGUGAGAACGUGCAAGAAUUCAAGCCGUUCCCGGAAGGAGCUCAACCCAUUCCUCUGGGACUUCCACUUCCGGUAGAGGUUCGAAAUCUAUUGGAGCAUGGAAAUAUCGAGGGCCGCCAGCGACCGGAUGGUUCCAACGAACAACAGGAAGCUAAACCUUUCCCUGGACCGGACGACGACAGCGAGGAGGAAAGGAACUUCCCUGUACCGGCGGAAAUUCGCAACAUUAUUCACCAGGUCGUGGAGGGCAACGCUUUCCCAAUGCCAAGAUUCGCUCUUCCGUUGAGACCUGUUGAAUCUUUGGACAUACCCGUGGAAGCCCGCGCCGAAGUCACCGACGGACAAAACGCCGAUCAAGAAUCGGAGCAGCGACAACAGGACCAGCAACAAACACACAUGAUGAUGCAGCAGCAGCAACCGCAGCACUUGCAGCCGCACCAACAGCAGCAACCACAAGAACAGGAAGAGGAGAGCCGCCCACACUAUGUGCAACCGCGUUCGGUGCGCUCCAUUCCUGAUGCGUUCGUCCACCGUCGCGAGAAGCGCGUCCGUCGUUGCGCUUGCGAUUGCGCUUGUUAAUUUCAUAUUCAAGCGCAUAUCGGAUAGCAAUGCCUCGUCGUACCCGGUCGAAGCGAAUGUCCCUGAAAAAAAAAAAACGAAAAGAACACCUCGAAGCAUGUUUGAUCAGUUUCUGUGACCUAAAGAAUAAGUACCAUUUCAGGAAAUCCAAACACGAAUUCUUCCUCACGCAUCCUGCAUUUUUCCAAGUCUCGGUGGCAAACCCACGACCAGGUACUAACUAGAGGAGCAGAAUGGGACAGAGAGUCGCGGAGAUAAAAAAAAAAAAAUUGUUUCAUUAAGUUCGUAGUAUUACACGGUUUCGUAAAGCAGCAGCGAGGUCAGCGUUUCGUUGAGGCUACUCGUAAACACGUUGGCAAGAUAAAAAAUAGAGUAAUAAAAGUGAAUAACGACUGUCGUAAAAUGUAGGGAUUCUUACAUUGAAGAACAAACGUUUGAGUAGUCGGAAAGAGAUCCAUUGAUACCAGUGAUAUUCUUUGAACUAACUUUGAACUAACUUUGUCAUUAAAGUUUCUUCUUCUCGUGAUAACGGCUGCAUGUAGGGAGGAAAUGGGUGAUAGAAAUAUAAUCUGUGAUCGUUUCUUUCGCUCUCGUUGAAAAGAAGAAAAAUUAAGAAAAAUAGCUUUUCAGAUGAUCGGAGAACAGGUUUGGUUGUAUUAUAUAUUUCACGACGAUCGCUUGGUGUAUUAGGUAAACGUUGCCAAGAAAAGCUUCGAAUUUCUUAACCGCAAUUAACACUGAUAUGUUUGUUUAGCUUUAAAUCGGUUCAUCAAACGCGCGAAAAUAAAAUUCGACGAUCCUUCUGUGAAAUCCAAUCCAGUCUUGGCGUCUAUUUGUGUAGCUUUCAUUUUGUACUUGCAGAUACGUUUCUGAAUCACACUUUGCAUCUACCCUAAAUUCUUUAAGGUAUGGUCAUUUUAUUAUUCUGUAUUCCUAUAUUAUAUACAUAUAUAUAUAUAUUUUUUUUUUCAUGACAAUUAAUAAAGUGACAAGAUUAUUGACUAGA